AUGGAUCCCGUCUCAUAUCCGUCUCUCCAGCCAAAGUUCGGCCAUGGAUCCAGUCGCCCUUCAAUCGGACAAAAGAUCCCCAAGCCAAACAUGGGCUUCUACAUAAACAUGCCCACAGAUGCCGCCUGCAUCUUCUCCCCAGCCAUCGAGUCUUUGGAGAAGCGAUCCUUUGAUGACAUCCUCAGCAUCCCUUACCGUGAGCCCGUGCUCUGGGAUGAUUGGCAGCUCGAGAAAGAGUGCAAGCGAAUCCGGGCCUCCCACCCUCGCGAGGUAGCAGAUAUCGUCCGACCCACGACUUGGGACGAUCUUUACAAGUACUUCGAUGCCCGCGAUCUCUGGUUCAACGGCGCGUGGAACCUUUGGCUGGUGAUCCAGCGCCUUUGCGACGAGAACGCAGAUCCUGGCAACCAGAUCGACCCUGCCAUCUUCGCCGAAAUAGAUGAUUGGGUCUGGAAAUGGUGCACUACCGCUGAGAAUCGCAACAAGCUGGGCGCCUGGCCUCUGCAGCGUGAUGUCUUGGAAAUUCUUCCCCAAGAAGACCGCAAUGCUGUCGCCAAUUGUGGAAGUGUGGCUCUCGACGUUCUUCGCCGCGCCCUUCGCCACUGGCAGAACGUGUACUCGGUCGGAUCUGUCAAUCAACAGACCUCGCAGCAGAACAAUCAUGCUAAGGUAACACCUAGCACCUCGAAUGAUGCAAUCGAGCCUCAGCGCGGACGCUCCCCCAAGCUUCUUGAGCCUGUUCCCCGUGCUCAGACUCGUUCCAGCUCAGCCGCUUUGGCGCCAGGUCGUUCGAUGUCCCGGAUGCCAUCCGACACUCGAUCGGCCACCCCAGUACCGAUCGUCGCCCGUGGAACAAACCGUGUAAGCAGCACUGGUGGAGCGAUCAAAACCGCCCAGAUUGGCCCCGCCGCCAUCCCGGUCGUCCAGAACGGCGCCGACUGCGUUGAGCGACAGGCAAGGAGUCGGCACCAGCCCUCCAAGUCGGGCCCUGCCCCUGCUGACCACUCGAUGGCGAGUCGUUGGCAAGGUGUUCGGGGCUCAGGUCCUUCUCGGCAACCACGUCGAUUUGGACAGCUACCCACGGUCCCCGGCAGCUCUCCCAGCAACCAGGAGCAAGGGCAACCUAACGCCAAGUCCAUUUCUCAGAUGCCACCUUACCGUGACAGCUACCAUCCCAGACCUUGUGACUCAAAAGCCUGCAAAAAUGAUAAACGGAUCAGUAAUGAUAAACGGAUCAAUCCCCGCGACUUGCUCUACACGACCUAUGAGCCUUGCGACUGUCUACGUUGCACCUAUAAAUCCCGCUCCAUCCAUGUCAAGCCGCUUUUCGCGCGGACAGGCAUGAACAGGCAGGUGAUGAGCGACAUCUUGACAAGAUAUUUUCAGACUUGGGGCUACGUUGAGGCCUGCGAGUUAUCCCGCACUGUCAAUGGAGGUGGUGGUUUACGGGCCUUUAUUCGUGAAGAGAGCGCCCUCCUAGCUGUCGCUGUCGCUGACAGGAAGCCUAUUGGCCAGCUAGCCCGUUGUCCCAAGGUCGAGCACCCUUUCUUCUCGAAGUUUUACGUUCCGCCGGCUCCCUCUCCGCGGAGCGAAACCUCAGGUUCCAAGCGGUCCUGGGGUAGCAGAGAGAUUGAUCAGAACUCAGCGAUGCUUGCCCAGCACCAGUCUUCAUCGCCGAACGGGAAGGCUCAGACCCGUGUUAACAGCGAGGCAUUUGCCGCGCGCACGCCGCAGCGCCAACUCAGCACGGAGCAGCCCUAUGGACCAGUCAUACCGGGAUCAGCACGCUCCCCUAGUAUGGCCCAGCCAGGUCAGCACCCUCAGCCGGUAUUUCUCAAUGGCUAUUCGCAGUCGCCUCAAGAUCAAGGAUAG